AUGUGCUCUCCUCCGACGGACGCGCGCCGCAAAGCGCGCGCCGCUGCACGCGCCUCCACUUCCAUCUCCGCCCCACCUAUAGGGAAGGCCGACGAAGACGCAGAGCGGCGCGCGGCGCACACGCACGGCAAUGCGCCCUCAUCGACCUGCAUCCCGGCGGCAGACGGCGCACGGCGGCGCUCACGUGCAGCCGAUUACUCCGAGAGCAGCAAGGUCGGCGAGUCGAGCACCUGCUCGAGGGCCCCAAGUCUCGGGAAGAGAUUGCUGCCAUGGUGCACGACGAUCUUUUCUGACGUUUCCCUCGUUGAGAGGAAGGCCAACGUGUACGGCCUCUUCGAUGAGGAGGAGGAGGAGGAGGAGGAGGAGGCCGAGAGCUUAUUCUACUGCGUGGCACCGGAGUGCCGAUCUGGCGUCGAGGAAGACCACCAGACCCACGCGGCUGGACACGACACGUUGCUCAUUAGGUUCUUAGGCGGAGGAGGUGGAGGUUAUCUUCGUGUGAUUGGGGAUGAGCCUUGGAGCUGGUUUGUUGGCGGGAUCGAGUCCAUUCCAGUAGAGAAGGGCAAGGGGAAGCUGCCGCCGAGAGCGCGCUGUUUUGCACGUUCCAGUGCAAGGCGCGCUCUGGCGAGGUCGCCGGACACCGUUGGGCGCAGGACCUCCUACUGGACGAUUUUGCUGUGCCAUGCGAGAGGUUCGACCGUGUUUGCUGGGUUUUGCUGUGGUCUUUGCUGUGGUAGCCACCAUUCCUGCGCGCCUGGGACAUUCGGCAGCAAGAACUCGAGGUUCACCACCGGCCGCGUGAUCGACAGCGACGGCCGCACAGUGAUUCGCCACGUCAGUGACCCAGACGGCGGGCGCUGUAGGGGAGUCUGUACGAUCUGCAAGGGUGACGUCGCCUCGGCGGAUCACGCGUGCCUUCGUAGCCUACAGUUGAUGGAUGACGAGGCAGUCGCGGUCUCCGAGGAGCGACACUACAGAGACGCAUUUUGUUUUGAUUGUGCCAGGGGUUUCUCCUCAGCGGUGUGUGGCCAUCAUCAUGGGCACACUUGGCUCCGUGUGUGCUUACAUGGUGGCCACCAUGGUGGCCUCGUCGUGGAUACUUACGGGCCUGAAUGCCGUUCAGUAUUGCACCGAUCCAGCAGUAGCACCAGGUCACCGUAUCAUCACGAUACGUUGCCCCAGCACAGCCAGGUGCCGUCAGUGUCAGUACAGGGUGUCAGCUGACAUGGUUUUGGAUUGUUCCCUCUCCUGUAAGCUGGCACUUUACCACCAGACAUGAGGGCUUUUGCUUCUAUGGAGAAGAUCACCUGAACUAGUAUGAUGUACUCCUUCGAUAGACCUUUUAUUUGGUGCUAUCUCUGAUCAGUGAUCACCUGAACUGCUAGUUGGCAGUCUAGUGUUAGUGCUGUGUGACUAUUGACACCCCUGAUACUUCUAUUGCUCAUCUGUGCUCUUCCUCGUAUUAAUUUCCUUUUUGCAGGGCAGCCACAAUAUGGCCAUAAGAAGAGGCCAUAAGGUUUUAUAGUGACCAUAUACAUUGUGAAACAAAGCCAUAAGGCAUUAAAUGCAAAAGAAAGCUUUAACCUUAUGGCUUGACCACAAGCAAUAAAAUAAUAGGGUAAAAUGAAUGUGAGGAUGAAAAAUUUGCAUGGCUGAUAAAAGAAGUACUAGAAUAGUACAUUGUGGGACCCAUCUUAAAGUUUACUCUUGCUUCAAACAUUGUGGUAAUAACCAUAAGAAUAGUGGGACCCACCUUAAUGCUACUUAUGAUCAUAAACAUUGGAGAUGCCCAGUCUCUAGUUCUCCAGGAGUACUAUGCGGAGUAUAUUGAUUGAUUUGCCCUGUUCGGUGACCGCUAAUACUCUUG